ACAUUAAAAUGUACGGAAUUGGCGUUGUACUUCUGCUGUCGGGGACGUGGGGAGCUGUGCUCGAAAAACGGGCAAGUCCUCGUUUCGACCAUGGCCACACCAUUGGUCACGUGAACAGCCAUUCUGUGCGAGAGGAAUCGGGUCUGUGUGCCAGCAGACGACACACCAACAUCCUGUACACGCAUAACGACUCUGGCGAUAGUGCUCGAUUUUAUGCCCUUGACGCCACAACAGCCGAAUUAAGGGGCACACUUACCGUGGAGGGAGCCACAAGUCACGACUGGGAGGAUAUAGCAUGUGGUCCUUGCGUGUUUGGACACUCAGGAUGGUGUGUCUAUAUUGGUGACAUUGGCGGAAAUACCGGAGGUGGUGGAGAAAAUAAGAUCUUUAUGGUGAGGGAACCGCCUAGUAUCCAUGACAAAACUCUACACGUAUUAGAAACACUAAGAUUUACAUGGGAUGAACAUAAUGCAGAAACAUUAAUGGUAGAUCCACAAGGAGAACUUUAUAUUAUCUCAAAAGUUGACGGAGGAAGAGGAAAAUUGUAUCAUAUCCCCAAAGAAGCGUGGGUGGAAUCAUCCCAUCGCUAUCACCUGACCGGAGGGCGGGAGAUACCAACUCCCGAUCACGGGAGAGGCCCCGUAGCGGGUGACAUUUCCCCCAACGGACAGGAGGUUCUAAUCAAGACAUAUCACAAAAUUUACUACUGGAAUGUUGGGCAUAGUCGCAACUAUAUGAGCGCUUUAAUGCACACCCCGACACAGGUCCCAUACAUCAAUGAACAUCAAGGAGAAUCUGUUUGCUGGGAAGCUAAUGGGAGUGGUUAUUAUACCAUUAGUGAGGGAACAUCAGAAGCAUUGCAUUAUUAUAAACGACUAUAAUGAUUUAUUUUAGCUGCAAAUUUUAGAAAUAACACCAACACGCAUACUUGUAUCAGUUUUCAUUGAAAGGGGUGGAUG